UUAGGAUGCACCAAUAACCAACAGGAGGCAGGUAGUAGCUGCCAAAAUUAUGAAGUGAGAUAUUACUGUUCAGACAAAAGAUGUACUGAGAGAUGCCGUGCUGAUGUUGACUGCUUGAUGUACAAAGGGGGAAAUAGAAAAUACUGCACAUCAGGGGGACUAGUGACCCUUGUGAAAGGCUACUGCGAACCACAGAAGGUUGAUGGCGAACAAUGCUCUCGUCAUCAAGAAUGUAAAAAGGAUAGAUUCUGCAAAAAUGCAAUAUGCAAAGCGGCAGAAGAAGCUGUUACAUGUACUAUUUCGUGUGUAGGCCCUUAUCCCAAAAACCCACAGAAGAUCAAGGUUGGUGAUAACAUAACUGUCACAUACUCAUGCACCUUUGUUAGAGAAGGACCACAAGGACCAAUGUUCAUUGAAGCAGAACUUACUGUAAAUAGAAAGAUAAAAGUUGUAUCAGGGUCGGGCAUCUCACCAUUGACGCUCAGUGGACAGCAUACUAUAAUAGCACGUGGAGGAAUUUUCA